CUGAACCACUAUAUAAAGACCUCGACGAAUUGAAAUCAUCAAGCAGUUCCAUCAGGUACUUCAACAACAACACCAACAUGUCAAAAUUUGUGUUCGCUUUCGUCGUUCUUCAAAUCGUUUUGAUUAAAGAAAUACAUUCGUGUGCUUUGCCAGCUGCACCUGCUCUAGGAUGUGGACUUCCUGCGCUUCCAGCUCUCCCUCCUGCAGCACUUAUGGCUCUUCCACCUACCCUAGCCCUGCCCGCUCUUCCUGCCCUUCCAGCUGCUCCAGCUUGUGCUCCACCCGCAUUACCCCCAAUGCAAAUAGCCAUACUUCCACUGCCAUUGCCCGCUGCACCUGCUUUGCCACCCCCAUGUGCCUUACCACCAACUAACGUUUUACCCAUGAAGUUGGCUCUCCCGCCUCUAGCAGGAUGCGCACCACCCCCUGCUUGCUGUUGAUUGAACUACCAUUGUCAACAACGAACGUGCUCAAAUAAAAUUGAAAAGUAGAAAAUUAAUUAAAAAUAUUUGAUCAUGUAUUAGCUGCAUUUUAACAUAAAUAAAUGAUUUAGAAAAUAAAAAA